GCUCUCAAAAAGCUUCAGAAGCUUCGCCUCUGUGUUGGUAGUUUAGGUGGCAUUGAAGUUCUGGGUGGUUAUUAUAAGAAUCUUUUUUCAAAUAUCGUUUUUGAAAAUCGUCUGGUGAAUUUUUGAACAUAUUUUGGAUCUUUGACUCAUUUGCAAAGAACCUUUGACCAUUGCUUUGUUUACGAUUUCUGGGCCAAUUUGAAUCAGUGUUUGAAUUUAGAAGCGUAUGAGAUGCCGAUUAUAAUACGCAGUGUAAUCGAAUAUAGUUUUCAAUAUGUUCAAAAAGCUCUCCAUUGCAAGUAGUCAUGACCAAAUAAGGAGUGCAAGUUGCCAUUGAUCUAGGUCUGGUCGACUCAAAUAGAAAUUGAUAGACGACGCUUGUCUAAAAAUGAACAGCUAUAUUCGGCGCUCUUUCUUAUUUUGGUUUUUCUAUCAAAUGUUAUUUUACCUGAGUGAGACGUGGCUAAAAUUACCAUCAGCCAGGUUGCUUUAAAUAUAUUUGAUGCGUUUAAAUUACGUCAUUUAAGUUUGAGAGUAACUAUGUGAAUAUUUGAAACAGUUCAAAUCUAAUGAAAGGCAUAGAUAUUUUACUUUUGCUCCGAGUUAUUGCGAAGCGAAAUAACAGAGUUAAAAUGAUCAAUUUCUCAUCGUGCAAUCCGGAAUCAACUAUAACUUCGUGGGCCAGAGUUAAUAGAAAAGUUGGCUUGGAAAACAAAUCAAGACAAGAUCUUCUGCUGCCUGAAUUAGAAGAGCGGGACAAGAUUCGCUUCGUUUGUCUCUCAGAUACUCACAACAAACACACUGAUGUGGUUUUGCCUGAAGGCGAUGUACUAAUACACACUGGCGAUUUCUGUAUGCGAGGCGUGAUAGAUGAGGCCGAGGAGUUCAACCGGUGGUUAGGCACUUUACCCUUCGAGCACAAAGUCGUGAUUGCUGGUAACCACGAUAUGUGUCUGGACACACGAAUGAAAAGAGGUCGCAAAAUUGUAGACGGACAUGAGCUGUUUACGAACUGCUAUUAUUUACAAGAAGAGAGCGUUGAAAUUGAGGGUUACAAGAUUUUUGGGUCGCCUUGGGUUCCCACGUUUGGUUUCUGGGGCUUCAUGGAAAACAGAAGUGAGAUCAAACAAUACUGGGACAAGAUUCCCUCGGAUACAGAUAUUCUAUUGACUCAUGGGCCGCCAAUGGGAGUACUUGACAAAUGCGAAUCAGGAGCUCUAGCGGGUUGUAUGCACUUAUUAGACGCAGUGGUAAAUAGAGUGAAGCCGAAAUAUCACGUGUUUGGACAUAUUCACGAAGACCGAGGAAUCGCGCACGCCGCGUUUAGUGAAACGACAUUCAUCAAUGCAGCUAAUUGUACAAUUUUCUACCAAGCAGAGAACGAACCAAUAGUAUUCGAGCUACCGAGAAAACAUUAAAUUCCCAUUGUAGCAAACAAAACGAAUCCAAAUUAAGUUUUUUUAAUGCCUCCAAAACUAAUUUGAGUAAUAAAUUAGGUAGUAAAUUAAUCAUCAUCGUUUUUUAAGUGCGUCCUAUGAUACAUCUGAGCUACUAGACUUAUUUACACAAGGGAGCUGUUGAAUUUUGUGUUUUAUUAUGAGUCGACUUUCCAAUCCAAUUCGCAUAAAUUAGUGCUCUUUUUGGUGGCUCUUUUGCUGCACACUCUUUUGCUGCGCAGUUAAUUAGCAUGUGCUCUCCGCUUCACUGAACGAGAAAAAAACGUGAAAAAAAUUAAAGAAAAUCACAGUUGACAAGCUUAGGAAUUAUUGAACGACUUUAAAUUCUAGUUUAAAAAAACGCGUCCAUAAACCUAGAAACAAAGUCCGACCGGAAUUCGAACCCUGAACAUAAAGAUCCGAAGUCUCGCUUUUUACUACUAGACCUAGUGUAAUUUACUACUUAAAUUGAAGUUUGUUUAGCUGAAAAAAAGACUACUUCCCAAUCACAAGUACGAUGGCUCUUGUAGGUGCAAAAAUGUUGUUAAAAAACGUUAAAAAGUGAGAAUUGUCCUUCUGCGAUCAAUCAAACUUGAUAUUUCUGAUAUAAUUUUAAAAACAAAAAAAAACUUGCCCGCAACUCGAUACCAUUGCAAAAACUAUAUUAUAGCAAUUUAUGCACAUAAUAUUCAUACAUAUGUAGCAUGCGCAAUGCAAAUCUUAACUCUUUUUCAUUUUCGUCGUUUCAUAUGAGCAUUUCGUCUUUGCUCCUCCGAUUUAAAACCAUAGCCAAAAAACUGGAAAGAUGUACAAGGAAACCGAAAAAAUAACUAAUUGAAAAUGAUCGAACAUUUUUUUAACCUUCGAAAGAAAAGAUAUCACGCUGAAACUCUUCGAAUUUCAAAUGUUUAUGAUUAACAGUAUUUUUGCUUAAAUAAGCCAUUUUACGAAAACUGGAUAAAUAGGUAUUUUUUAUUCCCCUGGGAAUUCAGAACACUUAAGUCCAUUUUAUUGAAACUAGAAGUCAUUCACGUUUUUCGUGAUUUUUACACUUUUGCUGUUCGUAAGUCGAGUUUGCCUUCCUUUAAACAACGGAAAUAAAUUGAACUGAAAACUAUAGGCAAAAUCAAAUUUACGUGUGAACAAAAUUGAGGGAUUUUUCUGGGAAAAAAAUCAGCCAGACCUACAUAAGUGAAAAUUCAUUCAAUUAAGCACCGAGAACGUCUUCAACACUCGGAGUUCACAUACUUUACACAGAGGCAAAGCGGAGCAUAUUUUGCAAAAAUAGCAUUUUCAGCUAGCAGACAGGAAAGAAAAGGAGAGCCACUAAAUCUUACGAAAAAAGAAAAGUUUUCGAAACCACUAUUUAAAAUUUUGCCUGAAAAUGAUGUUUUAUUUGCGGAAAACACGUCGAAACACUUUCGACUGCGUUUAAUGAAAAUUCAAAAGCAAAAUUAAAGAAGUUGUCAUGAAAUCAGAUGCAAUCCAGAUGCAACUAUACGUAAUACAGUUCCCUCGAUCGGCUUUAAUUUAAGUAAUAUAAAACGAAAUCAUUUAGCAGACAAACAAUGAGCCGACAAUUUUGUUGCAACGGAAUAUUUCCCGUUCGAAAAAAGGUCCUGGUCAGAUUGGAACCCAGGACCUUUGCCAUCCCAGGCGUAUUCAUUACCUCCAUACUAAGUUCACCGGAGGCGCUUAGAAAUUCAAUUUUAUUAUGAGCCAAGAUACCAAUUCAUUCUAUUAAACAAGUUGCUAAUCCGAAAAAUGAGUCUAUACCCCGAUAUGAUAACACUUGCUAUGAUAACGCUUGCAAGCGUAAUUACUUCCUAGACUUUUAAAAGUACCCAACAAUGCGGCAGACCGCAUUUGUUCUAUUUAGAAACAAGCAGGUACGGUACAAUUUUAGCUUCUUUUCUUCGAAUCUUCCACCAAACGCUAUCUAUAUAAAAUUUCAGCUGCUAAAUUUUUCAUCAAGUUACAUAUCUUUUAGAGCGGGGCGUUCAACAGUG